ACGUCAGCUCCAGCGGUGCCGACACAGAGAGCUCUCGGCUCGGACUCGGCUGAGCUGGUGAAGAGAUGGCGUCCCUUCUGCAGCCAGAUAGAGUUGUCUAUCUGGUCCGUGGAGAGAAAAGGAUCAGAGCCCCCAUAUCUCAGCUUUAUUUCUGCCGAUACUGUAGUGAGCUACGGUCUCUGGAAUGUGUGUCUCACGAGGUGGACUCCCACUAUUGCCCGAGCUGUCUGGAGAAUAUGCCAUCUGCAGAGGCAAAGCUCAAAAAGAACAGGUGUGCCAACUGUUUCGACUGCCCAUGUUGCAUGCACACCCUGUCCACCCGGGCCACUAACAUCCCAGCUCCUCUGCCUGAUGAUCCUACCAAGACUGCGAUGAAGAAGGCCUACUACCUGGCCUGUGGCUUCUGCCGCUGGACAUCCAGGGAUGUGGGAAUGGCUGACAAAUCAGUUGCUAGUGGUGGAUGGCAGGAGCCAGAGAAUCCUCAUAAUCAGCGGAUCAACAAGCUGAUCGAGUAUUACCAGCAGCUGGCUCACAGAGAGAAGCAGGAGAGAGACAGGAAGAAGCUGGCCAGGAGGCGACAGUGCAUGCCUCUGGCAUUCUCGCAACACACUAUUCAUGUGGUGGAAAAAUAUGGCCUUGGUACCAGACUGCAGAGGCAGAGGCCUGGAGCUCCCAUAUCAAGUCUGGCUGGUCUUUCCCUUAAAGAGGGUGAGGACCAGAAGGAGAUCACCAUUGAGCCUGCCCAGGCCCUUGAUGAGGUGGAGCCCCUGCCUGAAGAUUGUUAUACCAGGCCCAUCAGUUUACCGGAGGUGACCACGCUGCGCCAGCGACUUCUGCAGCCUGACUUCCAGCCUGCGGGGGCGUCUCAGCUCCACCCCAGGCACAAACACCUCCUGAUGAAGCGCUCACUGCGCUGCAGGAAAUGUGAGCACAACUUGAGCAAGCCAGAAUUUAAUCCUACUUCAAUCAAGUUUAAAAUCCAGCUGGUGGCUGUGAGUUAUAUCCCUGAAGUGAGAAUUAUGUCCAUUCCAAAUCUCCGGUACAUGAAGGAAAGCCAAGUGCUGCUGACCCUGACCAACCCAGUGGAGAACAUCACCCAUGUCUCAUUGGCUGCUUGUGAGGAGGAAGAUCCUGAUGACAUCAAUAGCACUGCCAAGGUCAUAGUACCUGGCAAAGAGCUGGUCUUGGCAGGCAAAGAUGCUGCUGCUGAGUACGACGAAUUGGCUGAACCUCAGGACUUCCAGGAUGACCCAGAUGUUGUUGCCUUCAGGAAAUCCAACAAGAUUGGUUUCUUCAUCAAAGUGAUCCCUCAGAAAGAAGAGGAUGCAGAUGUCACUGUUUCAUUUAAGGUCCGGCACGACUUCCGCAACCUCGCAGCUCCCAUCAGGCCGAGCGAGGAGGGAGCUGACACCACCACUGAGGCCAUUUGGCUCACCCAUCACGUAGAGCUUAGGCUGGGACCACUCGCUCCCUGAACAUGAAUGCUCAGUUUACCCUCAAACAGUCCCACAAUCUUAGUGUCGGGUUCUUUGAGCUAACUGGAGGAUUGGUUUAAUUUAAAAAUGAUUUCUGAUUCUGCUUAUUAAUAUGAAAGAACUAUUUGAAAUCUACUUGGCAUACAAUUGAUCCAGAGGGAGUUUUGUUGUUGUUUUUGUUUCAGCACUAAGUUGCCUCAUCAGAUACAUUGUGAAAUAUAUGAUAUAAAGCUCCCUAUGCUGCCCAGUUUAUAAAACAAACUACCUGAGAAGAGCAUCAAGUUCAACUUGACUUCAUGAGAAGUACUUUAAAGUACUGUAAUCAUGAUAAUAUACUGUAUUUCACCACAUCAUCCUCUUCAGUUUAAACACUUUACCAUCUAUUAUUACAAACUUAACAUAAACUGCAAACAACCACCAGUAUAUACACAUUUAUUAACUUAUUUAAAAAUAAGUUUUAUUUCGUAGGAAAAAAUCUGCUUUUGCUGUUGCAGGAAUGUGAAAAAGCAUUUAUCACAUAAGAGUAUUUUCUUUGAAGCAAAGCAAUUAUAACCUCCCAGUCUCUCCACUCUUACUCUUACAAGUACAUUGUGUUUCAUUAAAUGUGUGAGCUGUUUUGUGGAAUACUCGCCUUUGCUGUAUGUAGCAAAUAGUGCUCAAAGAUAAGAGUGGUUGUAUGCAAUAAUGUAACAGCAAGGAGAUCACAAGAAACUUUGUCGAGAAUAAAAGAUGAGCAGAAUCGGAAAUCAUAACUAAGAACAAUCCAUACAUUUCCCAACUGUGCAGCACACACACUCUUCUGCGCUUUCGUAUCCUUGUCACCCUCCUUUUCUGCAGACAACAGUAUCGUAUUAACUCGCAUGCUUCAGCUAUAGUGAAUAUUGCAACCGUUAGUCAUCGCAGUUACUGAUUCUGUACUGUAUUCUGUUCAACAACGCUUGUUCUCUGGGGUGACGGUGACACCCGCCCAGACAGGGAGGAUCGUUUUACUAUUGUCUGAAGUCACACAGUAACUUUCUUGGCACUAUGGAGAGGGUGUAUAAGAACCUCUGCAAAUUACUUUAAGUACAAAGUGUUCAUUGGUUUAAUGUGUUAAGACACUAUCAUUUUCUUCUGAUUUAAACAAAUUCUUUUGGUUUGUAGGAUUUACUGACUUCUCUGUCAGUGUGUAUUGUAAGCUGCUGUCAUUUUUGGUUUUCAGUGUGUAAACUUAGUAAAACAGAGCCUUACAACACAGUUAAUCUUCUGUACUGGCUAAUAAAAAUAAUGUGAUACUGUAACUGA